GAGAGAGAGAAGAAGAGCAACAGGGAAGCAGAGAUCAACAAAAAGAAGGCUGAGAGCUCAAGGGCUCCCCGAGCCAGCUCCCUGUCUGAUGGCUUUCAUGAGAAAGUCUGCCCUCCCUGUCCUGGUGCUGUUCUUGGCUUACUACUACUCCACACAUGACGGGUUCAGACCAGAGAUGCUCCAAGGGAAGAAGGUGAUUGUCACAGGGGCCAGCAAAGGGAUCGGAAGAGAAAUGGCUUACCAUCUGGCGAACAUGGGGGCCCAUGUGGUGCUGACGGCAAGGUCAAAGGAAGCUCUCCACAAGGUGGCAUCUCGCUGCCUCGACCUUGGAGCGGCCUCAGCCCACUACAUUGCAGGCACCAUGGAGGACAUGGCCUUCGCAGAGCAAUUUGUUGCCGAAGCAGGAAAGCUCAUGGGUGGACUGGACAUGCUCAUUCUCAACCACAUCACCAACUCUUCCAUGACCCUCUUCCACGGCGACAUCAGCGCCGUGCGCAGAAACAUGGAGGUCAAUUUCUUCAGCUAUGUGGUCCUGAGUGUGGCCGCCUUGCCCAUGCUGAGGGAAAGCCAUGGAAGCAUCGCGGUCGUGUCCUCUGUGGCGGGGAAAAUCGCCCAGCCUCUGAUCGCUCCCUACUCUGCAAGCAAGUUUGCUCUGGACGGGUUCUUCUCAUCCAUUAGAUCAGAACAUGCAGUGGCCAAGGUCAACGUGUCAAUCACUCUCUGUGUCCUUGGCCUCAUAGACACAGACACGGCCAUGGAGGCGACCUCGGGGGUCUUCACGGGGAUCCCGUCCCGGAAGGAGGACUGCGCGCUGGAGAUCAUCAAAGGGACGGCCCUGCGCCAGGAGGAAGUGUACUACGACAGCUCGCGCUGGACCUCGCUCCUGCUGGGGAACCCGGGAAGGAGGAUCAUGGAAUUUUUCUCCUUACAGAAAUACAACCUGGACAAAUUUGUAAGAAACUAGGAGCUCCCUGAAGGGCAUGGUGAGGGAUCUUCUUACUGUACUACCUGAUUUUCUGCGAGCUCUGCCUGCAAAGGCAUCCUCCCAGAAGGAUAACUGGAGUGUCCCCAAAGACAUGAGACCAUGAGACCCAGCUCACCAUGUAAAAUUGCUCCUCUAACACCUGCAGAGGGAAAAUAUAACUAAAAUAAUGCCGGGACCACUUUGCAGCCUGCAGUGGUGACUUGACAGUAACCAUAGGGAUGAGCACAAGGUAGAGAGGUCGGCUUUACCUCAUACAUAACAUGGUGAUCCUUUCUACACUGUUAAUCCUAAUAAAGAUCACACCCUUAGAAAUUCAGAACUGGUAGCUAUAAAUUUAGCUCACUUAAUAUGCUUCCUUUAAAUCAUAAUCAAAACAAUGAAAAAUUUUCAAUGUUCAUUUCAUAUUUGUGGUCUGGACUUUUUAUCUGAGUUAAAGAAAUUACAUUAUUCUUA